CCCGGAGUGACAUCACUUCCGCUUCCUCUCCCGCGCAGGAAGUGACUUCCGCUCCUCUUUCUGCGCCGCGUUUCGGCCUGUCUGGAGGUGGGCUGUUCUCGAGUCGCGGCGAGGCCGGCGCACCGCAGCCAUGACAGAGGCUGAUGUAAAUCCGAAGGCCUAUCCCCUCGCAGAUGCCCACCUCACCAAGAAGUUGCUGGACCUCGUUCAGCAGUCAUGUAACUACAAGCAGCUUCGGAAAGGAGCCAAUGAAGCCACCAAAACCCUCAACAGGGGCAUCUCUGAGUUCAUUGUGAUGGCAGCAGACGCUGAGCCCUUGGAGAUCAUCCUGCACCUCCCACUGCUGUGUGAAGACAAGAAUGUCCCCUAUGUAUUUGUGCGUUCCAAGCAGGCCCUAGGACGGGCCUGUGGGGUCUCCAGACCUGUCAUCGCCUGUUCUGUUACCAUCAAAGAAGGCUCCCAGCUAAAGCAGCAGAUCCAGUCCAUCCAGCAGUCUAUUGAAAGGCUCCUGGUGUAGGCCUGUGGCCUCUGCCCUUUCCUGUCUACUCCCACCCCACUUGUGUAUCAUAUUGUCUGUUAGCAUGUGGUAUUUUCAGCCAGUUUCUAUUAUAAAUAUUGUACUACAUCCGGUUUUUGUAAAUUUUUUUCGUUUUUCGAGACAGGGUUUCUCUGUGUAGCUUUGCGCCUUUCCUGGAACUCACUUUGGAGACCAGGCUGGCCUCGAACUCACAAAGAUCCACCUGCCUCUGCCUCCCGAGUGCUGGGAUUAAAGGCGUGCGCCACCACCGCCCAGCUCGGUUUUUGUAUUUUUAAUUUGUCUUACAGGGUUGUUUUGUCCCCAUCUCCUCAUCCUCUCUUCUACCAUUUUUUAAUCUUCUUUUAAAAAAGUGAAAUGAUACCUAAGACAUGUGAGAGGCAGAAUGUCAGCAUUUAACAGCAGGAAUAACCAGGAAAAACCUAAGCCAGGGAUAGUGUAUUUUCACCUGCAAACUCAUUUCUCUGUGCAGGAUAAGAUGAAGUAACACUGACCCCUCAUGCCUUUGCAUACAAGAUCUCCAUAAAUGUUAACAGGACUGAAGAGCUUUCUUUGGGAAGCAGUCCCUCUCGCCCACCACACCAUCAUUUGUAGAGGAAGUUUGAUAAUGUUAAGCCUAUGUCCAAGUGCCAUUUAUUAAUGUUUGUGUGUUUUUGAUAUGUGUAACCUUAUAUUCUCACCCGUUCCCUACUGAGGGUAUCAAGGCAGUAACAAGUCAAAGGGAUGGUCUGCAGACUCAGGCAGCCUGGGUGAGGUUGACUGCCUGGAUCUGAAGAGUGACGAGGACAAAAUAGUUAGUUCGUGCUGGAAUAAAGGAUUCUGGGGCUGGAAUUUACAGCAGAGACAAUGCUAUCAGGAACAUCCUGUCCUUGGUUGAAUGGGGAUUUUUUUGUGGAGCCAUUUGACACCCACUUUGGGAGGGAGGCUUUAUCCUUUUCCUCCCACAACAUGGUUCAGAUGUAUUCUCUAUCACAUGAAGAGAGUGAUAAUAAUGUUCAUUCUUGAGCAUCCUAAUAAAGAAAUAUGUUCCUACUUCAUGUUAAAUGAAACGGCA